CAGGAGCAACGCGCGACCUGGCGGGUGUGCAACGGCCGUUAGGCUAGCUGAGGGACGAAAUCUCCGCCUGCGGCCGACGUGGUGGCCGCAGUUGGUACCCCUGAGUGAGGCAUUUCGCCAUCCGCUAUCAGGUCCACUUGGCUGGAAUAACUGUUGAUGGCCAUGCAGGAAAAAUAUCCAAGUGAGAGGAUCUCUCAUGCCACUUCACCAGGGUCCAGUGUGAUUCAGAAGGGCAGUUCCCUGGGGACUGAAUGGCAGACCCCGGUUAUCUCCGAGGCCUUUCGGAGCCGCUUCAGCCGCUGUUCAAGUGUAACCGACAGUGCGGACACCGCCAUAGGCACGUCGUGCUCAGACAUUGCAGAGGAUUUUUGCAGCUCAAGUAGCAGCCCUUCUUUCCAGCCCAUCAAAAGCCACGUAACCAUUCCAACAGCCCAUGUGAUGCCUUCUACCUUGGGGACCUCUCCUGCCAAGCCAAAUUCUACACCUGCCGGACCCUCUUCCUCCAAAUUCCCUUUGUCAGGGUUGGCUGAAAAUGUGGGGAUGACAAGAAACGGAGACCUCGGUGCAAUGAAACGUUCUCCAGGCCUAUCUAGAGAUCUCAUGUAUCUUUGUGGUGCUGCUGGAGAAAAUGGAAUUGAGCAGUCCUGGUUUCCAGCAGUGGGCCAUGAAAGAGAAGAGAUGAGAAAGUUUGAUAUUCCCAGUAUGGAGUCCUCCCUCAAUCAGUCAGCAGUGGUGGAGACACUUUAUUCAGAUCCGCACUACCGAGUCCACUUCCACAACCUAAGAACCGACCCAAACAAGGAGUUAUACAAAGUGUUGCCUGAGACCAAGAAGGCACCAGGCAGUGGGGCGGUAUGUGAGCGAAACGGACCACACCCUAGCAGCAGUGGGCAUGUGCUGCCUCUGGGACUCCAGCCUGCUCCUGGACUCUCCAAGCCUCUACCCUCUCAGGUGUGGCAGCCAAAUUCUGACCCGUGGCACCCCGUCGAGCGAUCUUGUGAGCUCAGCACUUGUCGACAGCAGCUGGAAUUGAUUCGUUUACAGAUGGAGCAGAUGCAGUUUCAGAAUGGAGCCACCUGCCACCAUCCCGCUGCUUUUGCUCCUUCACUGCCCACGUUAGAACCAGCACAGUGGAUCAGCAUCUUGAACAGUAAUGAACAACUUCUGAAAGAAAAGGAGCUCCUCAUUGACAAGCAGAGGAAACACAUCUCUCACCUGGAGCAGAAAGUGCGAGAGAGUGAACUACAAGUCCACAGUGCCUUUUUGGGCCGCCCUGCCCCCUUUGGGGAUGUCUGCUUGCUGAGGCUACAGGAAUUGCAGCGAGAGAACACUUUCUUACGUGCGCAGUUUGCGCAGAAGACAGAAGCCUUGAGCAAAGAAAAGAUCGAGCUUGAAAGGAAACUCUCUGCUUCAGAAGUUGAAAUCCAGCUCAUCAGAGAGUCACUCAAAAUGGCGUUGCAGAAGAAUUCAGAGGAGGGCAAGAAACAGGAAGAAAGGGUCAAAGGUCGUGAUAAACAUAUCAACAAUUUGAAAAAGAAAUGUCAGAAGGAAUCAGAGCAGAACCGGGAAAAGCAGCAGCGUAUUGAGACCUUGGAGCGCUACCUGGCUGAUCUGCCUACCCUGGAAGACCAUCAGAAGCAGAGCCAGCAGCUUAAGGAUUCUGAGUUGAAGGGCACAGAGCUGCAGGAGAGAGUGACUGAGCUGGAGAGUUUGCUGGAGAAGAUCCAGGCAGCCUGCAGAGAGAAGGAGGUCCAACUGGAAAGUCUGAGACAGAGAGAAGCUGAAUUCUCCUCCACUAGACAUAGCCUGCAAGAUAAGCAUUGUGUGGAGGCCAGUGGAGAACAUCCAGCCCAACAGGAAGAAGGUCCAAAAGUAGAAAUGGAGUCCUGGCAGAAGGAAUGUGAUUCCCUCCGAAAGAUUGUGGAGAAGCAACAGCAGAAGAUGGAUCAGUUGCGUUCACAAGUACAGAGCCUAGAACAGGAAGUGGCUGAAGAAGAAGGAACCAGCCAGGCCCUGAAAGAGGAGGCCCAGCGGAGGGAGACAGCCCUGCAGCAGCUUCGCACGGCUGUGAAAGAGCUUUCAGCACAGAACCAGGACCUGAUUGAGAAGAAUCUGACGCUCCAGGAACACCUGCGCCAGGCUCAACCGGUGUCCCCGUCUUCACUAGACACAGCCCAGCUGGCAUUUGAGCUGCACCAGGAGUUGGCCAGUUGUCUUCAAGAUCUGCAGGCUGUCUGUAGCAUUGUGACCCAGAGGGCCCAGGGCCAUGACCCCAAUCUCUCCCUGCUCCUUGGCAUUCACUCUGCACAGCACCCGGGGACUCCGCUGGAUUUGCAGAAGCCGGAUGUGAUAAGGAGGAAACUAGAAGAGGUUCAACAGCUGCGCCGUGACAUCGAGGAUUUGAGGACCGCCAUGUCAGAUAGAUACGCCCAGGACAUGGGAGAAAACUGUGUCACACAGUGAGGAAUGUAAAGCACGGGACUCUGUAUUCCCCCAGGGACGAUCUGCUGAGAGCCCGGUCCAGCAGGUCCUGCCCCGACAAUCUCUUGCCUCCUGUUUGCUGCUAUUCUCAGAGAAGGGGUGGAAGGGAGGUAAGAGACUGCACCUGGGGCCGAGGGCUGACCCGGGAACUGUGCCUCCCCUGCCCCACACAUGGCUUUGCCCUGUUGGGUUGCAUUUGUCCUGUCAUCUUGACUCACCCUUUGAGGGUGAGUUACUAAUUAACUUCUGCAGGUCACCUGAUAAGUCCUCACAGACUGUUCCCAGCCCCAGGCUGACAUCAAAGAACAGGCUGCUCACCUCCCUUCUCCAUCCUUUGGGAUGGAUCCACAUUCAUUCCCACUCCAUACCUUGGUCCUGCUGAUGCCCAGAGUUUGUUAGAGGGGCCUGGAAAGGCUGAGUGCCAGUCACAGUGGCCAUUUGAGAAUUCUCAGGCCCCACGUGCCAGCCUUCGGGGGAGCUGAGCUGGCUUUCUGAAUUUACUUAGGCCCAGUCCCACUGCUUCUUCCUCAGGGCUCUUGUUCACACAGACACCUCAGGGUGACCUACUCAUUAGCAAAGUACCCACUAGAACUGGGGGCCUAGGGAUUAUAGCCAGGGCUCUUUCAUCUGUGCUACCAUGCUAUUUUACAGGAGACCCCACUCUCCUGCUGCCCCGUGCCCUUGGAGCCCUGGCCAUGUGGUCAGCACAGCCCCCUUCUCCUUUGUCCUCAGGCUGUCCAGGUAGCCCCCUUCUUGGACUUGAAGUGCAAACUCCUCUGGUUCUGGGUUUGGGCAGGAUUUUCCCCCCAGAAUACCACAGGGCAGCUGCCAAUCUGCUCACCCCUCCGCCUGGGGCUGGAGCUGGUGCCCAGCCCCCUCUUUGUGCCUCUUUUGUGUUUGGGGUGGGGGUGGGGGUCCUUUUCCUUUCCUGCUCUGGGUUCCUUGAGGGUUCAGAGUACCCAGUACAGGGCAGCUUUACGGUAUAGCUUUCAGUGUUUUAUGGGGUUUUUUGUUUCUCUAGGGACUUUGGACCCUUUGCUUUCUGAUUUCUUUUGCCUCUUUGUUUAGGGUGCAUCUCACAAUUGUUUAUAUCUGGUUGCUGGGCUGGCCCCAGGCCGCCUCUAGAUCUGGAGCCAGGCCAAGCUGGGGGGCUAUGUGUGGGGAUGGGGUGGCACUUGAGCAGUUAAGGAGCCCAGAAUCAGCCACCACGAGAUUCUUGCUAAGCUUUGGGCUGUCAGGGCAACCUCCUGGGCUGAAUGGAACUCUAAGUGUUUUUACAAGUUGUGUUUUAUUUAUGGAGUGACUUAUCCCUUCCAUUCAGAGCAGCCCCACCCAGCCAUCCCCUCAGCCUCUGGGCUCCUGCCUCCUAAAAGCAGAGCCGCCUGGUUGGUCUCCACCCUGUGUUGGGAGCCCAGCCACCAUGCUCACGGGUAUUUUUCCUCAUAAAGUUUAUAAGCAGUUAUUUAUAUGAAUUCUUGUUAUGUCAACUGGUUUGUAUUGCCUAUUUUGAUUACAAAAUAAAAAUUUA